AGGCGGAGGUUGAAGAUGAAGAGUUGGGCUGAAUUAUCUUAGGGCUAAACGAAGCCUGUAAUUUAUUGAAUCGUAGUGGGCUUAUAUAUUGUGGAGUUUUGGGCCCAAGCCCAUAUAGUGAUAAGGCCCAAAAUAAUUGGGCAUAUAAAAGCACGGAAAUUUGACUAUAAAAGCAUGCUGUUUCAGUGUGUGAGCAGACCGGCGGAGGUGACUGAAGAAUGGUGAGAGAAGGGGAAGACGACGAUGAUAUCGUUUGCUUGGACGAGUCUUUCUUCGUCAAUGACGACUACCAAUUGACGAGGUUUGCGUAUGGCUCGCAAGUUCUGGAACUGUACUGCCUCCAAUCUGCUUCGACGGAUUUUGAUUUGACAGGGCAGUUGGUGUGGCCUGGGGCAGAGCUUAUGAAUGACUAUCUCUCUAAACAUUAUGAGAUGCUCCGCGGCUGUUCUGUAAUAGAGCUCGGGAUUAAAACCUCAGAGCUGCAAAAUAUGAACUGUAUCGAUUCUCUUUGUUUUUCCUCUAAGAAAAAUGAACUGAUCGAUCAUUAUGCAGGCAUUACGGGGAUCCUCUGUAGCAGAUUUUGCAGCAAAGUAGUUCUGACAGACCAUAAUGAUGAGGUUCUCAAGAUAUUAAAGAGGAAUAUAGAGCUUCACCAAUCUUCACAAGAGUCCCAUUGUCUUGCCACCGAGAAACUAGAAUGGGGAAAUUCAGAACAACUGAAUAACAUUCUGCAAAAGCAUCCAGAAGGAUUUGAUCUUGUUCUUGGUGCCGACAUCUGCUUUCAGCAGUCAAGCAUUCCUCUGCUCUUCAACACUGUGGGAAAACUCCUUCGCAGAAGUCAAUGCAAAACUUGCAAGUUCAUAUUGGCCUAUGUAUCCAGAGCAAAAGUAAUGGAUAACCUAGUGGUCAGUGAAGCCUCGCAACAAGGAUUGCAUAUAAAUGAAGUUGCUGGAACUCGCACGGUGGUUAAAAAUCUUGGAGGAGUUAUUUAUGAAGUUACCUCCAGGUGAAAAAAAAAAAAAUUAGCAGCAUAGAUCCUCCAAAUCACCUAACAAACCAAUGAGGAACUGAAACUGAUGGUCAUAUAAAAAUACUCUCGAGUGUGAUUUAUAAAUUAUAACACCACAGUACAGUAAGUAGUUUGUGAGUUUUGAUUGUUUGAUUACAACAAUGUUACCAAGAAUUAAUUGUUUGGCAUUGCUUCAAUGCAUCUUUGCUCUGGCAAACAUCACUCCUGCCAACAAACCUGUAAGUAAACAAGGAAGGGAAAGAGUCAAGUAAGAAAGAAUGCAGGUUUGCUAUUGUAUGGAUGGAUGGAUGGAUGGAAACCCUACCGAAGAAGAUGCUGGCUGAGUUUUCGAUGGUUGUUGGGACUUGGAAGAGGAGAAUGCCAGCGAUCGAAAGAGGGAUCUUUGUUAGUGAUCCUACAAGGCUGCGCCAUGCCGUGACAGUCCAGAUCAGGUAUUAUUACUAUUGAUCAAAAUGCACAAACAAUAAGCAUUGUUUAGUUUAGUGUACCUGUAUGUAGUGGCGCCGGUCUGGUGAAGAAACCACAUGGAAGUGAAGCUGAUGGCUAAACCCAAAAACCCACUCAUUGUCAUAACCACCCAAAAUGUCGGCAAUCUCAACAGUGGUCUGAAAUCACAAUACAUACAACACUAUAUCAAUCCAUAUCUUUGUCUAUGCUAUGCUUGCGUACUGUGUGUGAGAAUUUUUUCCUUAAAUAAGUGUAAUAUGGUUACUAAACCUACUGGUAUUAGACCAAAAGCACUAGCAGUGAGAGGAUUACUUUACUUU